GGUUGAGGAAGCGAUCAUUGCUUCGCGCCGGUUCCUGCAUUAUCGCCUUGUGUGAACCCGCGUUGGUUUGGCAAGCCCCUCGCUACCUUGACGGCAAAAAGAACAGGCAAAAGGUGGAAAAGAACAGGGAGCAGACCAUGGCGGCAUCGGUGCCAGAUAAAAACUGUAAGAAGAAAACGGAGAAAAAGCUGGCUGCUCGAGAAGAAGCCAAAUUAUUGGCCAGCUUCAUGGGAGUCAUGAAUAACAUGAGGAAGCAAAAAACACUAUGUGAUGUUAUACUGAUAGUCCAAGAAAGGAGGAUCCCAGCUCAUCGGGUUGUACUUGCUUCAGCCAGUCACUUUUUUAACUUGAUGUUUACUACAAAUAUGAUUGAAUCAAAGUCAUUUGAAGUUGAAUUAAAGGAUGCUGAGCCAGAUAUAAUUGAACAGCUGGUUGAGUUUGCUUAUACUGCAAGAAUUUCUGUGAACAGCAACAAUGUCCAAUCAUUGUUGGAUGCAGCAAAUCAAUAUCAAAUUGAACCUGUGAAAAAAAUGUGUGUAGAAUUUUUAAAAGAGCAAGUGGAUGCUACAAAUUGUCUUGGUAUAAGUGUAUUAGCAGAGUGCCUUGACUGCCCAGAACUGAAGGCCACUGCGGAUGAUUAUAUUUAUCAGCACUUCACGGAGGUGUACAAGACAGAUGAGUUUCAACAGUUAGAUGUUAAACGUGUGACACAUCUCCUCAACCAAGAUACUCUAACUGUAAGAGCCGAAGAUCAGGUUUAUGAUGCUGCUGUCCGUUGGUUAAAGUACGAUGAGCCAAACCGUCAGCCCUACAUGGUUGAUAUCCUUGCUAAAGUCAGGUUUCCUUUAAUUUCAAAGAAUUUCCUUAGUAAAACUGUUCAGGCAGAGCCACUUAUACAGGACAACCCAGAGUGUCUCAAAAUGGUUAUAAGUGGAAUGAGAUAUCAUCUCCUUUCUCCAGAAGACAGAGAAGAAUUGGUGGAUGGGACUCGUCCAAGAAGGAAAAAGCACGAGUACCGUAUUGCCUUGUUUGGAGGAUCACAGCCACAAUCAUGUCGAUACUUCAAUCCAAAGGAUUACAGCUGGACAGACAUCCGAUGUCCGUUUGAAAAGCGGAGGGAUGCAGCUUGUGUUUUCUGGGAUAAUGUAGUUUAUAUUUUGGGUGGUUCCCAGCUUUUCCCUAUAAAACGAAUGGAUUGCUAUAAUGUUGUUAAAGACAGCUGGUACUCCAAACUGGGUCCUCCAACUCCUCGGGACAGCCUUGCAGCAUGUGCAGCAGAGGGUAAAAUUUACACAUCUGGUGGUUCAGAAGUAGGAAAUUCUGCUUUAUAUUUAUUUGAAUGCUAUGAUACAAGAACAGAAAGUUGGCACACAAAGCCCAAUAUGCUGACUCAGCGAUGUAGUCAUGGGAUGGUUGAAGCAAAUGGCCUGAUUUAUGUAUGCGGAGGAAGUUUAGGGAACAAUGUUUCUGGAAGAGUCUUGGGCUCCUGUGAAGUUUAUGAUCCAGCAAAGGAAACGUGGACUGAGCUAUGUCCAAUGCUGGAAGCCCGAAAGAACCAUGGUUUGGUGGUUGUGAAAGAUAAAAUAUUUGCUGUAGGGGGGCAAAAUAGCUUAGGUGGCUUAGACAGUGUGGAAUACUAUGAUAUUAAACUGAAUGAAUGGAAGAUGGUUUCCCCAAUGUCAUGGAAAGGUGUAACGGUAAAAUGUGCUGCCGUGGGUUCCAUAAUUUAUGUUCUAGCUGGAUUUCAGGGUGUGGGUCGCUUGGGGCACAUCCUUGAAUAUAACACUGAAAUUGACAAAUGGACAGCAAACUCUAAAGUUCGUGCUUUUCCUGUGACCAGCUGUUUAAUUUGUGUAGUUGAUACUUGUGGAGCCAAUGAGGAAACAUUAGAAACUUAAAAACUUUAGAAUUAUCAAAAAGUACUCCUGAAAGAGAUUGCUAUUUGUUUUGUUCUACCUUUUAGUUGUGUCUUGGCAGUUCAUAAUGUGAACUGAAUGUAGAA